AUGAUAAUCUUCGGUACAUUUUUUGUGUUGAUAAUAAUUCCAUCUGUAUCGGCGUUUUUGGAUCGUCCAUUGACAGUAGCUUUUGAAACAAAAUAUGACAACAAUCAUAAUGAAAUUAAACAACUUCUUGUACAAAAUAAAGAUUUCGAUUCUACUAAUUGGAUGCAUUAUGCUCUGCUUCUACAAUUAGUUAUCAACAUUUUCAUUGUUAUGGCUUUCAUCAUUUAUGUCUAUAAACGUUGUUGUCCGAUCGCCAAUUUAGCUAGAGAUGUUGAACACCAGCAGCAUUGGCUUACAAAUUUACCUUCACGCACUCAAUCACUCGGUCAACCACCUCCUUCUCAUGUACAUCCAUCACUAUACCAACCAACAUCACCACCUUACACUUCUCUGUUAUCUACAAUUCCUCGUGGUCCGACCAUGCUGUCCAACGCAGUGCCGAAUCCAAUUGUAUCUUAA